UGAUGACGAGCCGGCCGGCUGGCGGAGGGAACAUGGCGACUUAUGUAGAAAUCAUCCGGCACGAGUUUCCCGAUAUCGACUCUGAGCUUUUCCAAUACGUGACAGGUAGCUGAACAGUUUGCGGGUGUGAAUGGUAUGGUGAGAAAGUGAAAACCUGAAGAAAAAAGUCACAUACCUGAAGGACUGAGGGAAACAAAAGGACCGACCGCUGAAUCUUGAAGAUCUGUGCUAUGGAAACUAUCCCUGAUAGUUUUUUAACACUCCACGCAUAACACAAUUCCUUUUUUGUCUGUAUUCCAAGGGAGGAGAUUCAGAAGGGGUUUCGUGUUUUAACUAGCAGAAUUAUAUGUCUGUUCAUAGUAGAUUCUAACCCCAGGUGUUCUGGAUAGCAGUGCUGCCGAUUUUGAAUCGGUUGAUGAAAUUUUUGAAGCAAUUGGUGAUGUUCUGCAAGAAGUGUCAGCCUCAAAAAACAAAGAUGAUGUACGAGAGAUUUGUCAAAAAAUGUUUAACACCCUUAAACUCAAUACAUCCAACUCGUCAAAAUCAAAUGUGCUGUUGAAAGCUCCUAUACAGCUCUCUCAAAUGACUGGGCACGCUGACCACAAGACUGAAGAUGUCAAAGGAAUCUGGAUGAUGAGAAGGGAUUUAGGCACGACAGUAGAUGCUAAGAAACUGGAGAAAGCUGAAGCGCGGCUAAAAGCAAAGCAAGAAAAGAGGACAGAGAAGAACUCGCAGAAGACUGCAAAUCCAUUGAUUCUUGAGGAAGCUUCAGCCAGCCAAGCAUCAAACAAGAAGGAAAGCCGUUUGGAAGCAUCAGGAAAGAACAAGUCAUAUGAUAUCAAGAUUGAGAAUUUCGAUGUCUCGUAUGGAGAAAGGAGCUUACUUACUGGCGCUGAUUUGCACCUCGCUUAUGGCAGGCGUUAUGGUUUGGUUGGUCGGAAUGGCUUAGGGAAAACAACGCUACUGAAGAUGAUGUCAGCGCGGAGCCUACGGAUCCCAUCACACAUCAGCAUCUUGCAUGUGGAGCAGGAGGUGGUGGGCGAUAACACACAGGCACUCCAGAGUGUGCUGGAGUGUGACACAGUGCGUGAAAACCUGCUACAGAAAGAGAAAGAAUUGACGGCAAAGCUCAACAGUGGUGUGGGCGAUGGUUCAGAGAGCAGCAAGUUAACAGAAAUUUAUUCAAAAUUGGAGGAAAUUGAGGCAGACAAGGCACCAGCCAGGGCCUCAGUUAUUCUGGCUGGUUUGGGGUUCAGUUCCAAGAUGCAGCAACAGAUGACCAGGGAGUUCUCUGGAGGCUGGAGGAUGCGGUUGGCUUUGGCCAGGGCUCUGUUUGCCAAGCCGGACCUGUUGUUACUAGAUGAACCUACGAACAUGUUGGAUGUGCGAGCCAUCCUAUGGUUGGAAAACUACCUACAGACCUGGCAAUCCACUAUCCUGGUGGUGUCGCACGAUCGCAACUUCCUAAAUGCUGUGGCGACCGACAUUGUUCAUUUGCACUCUCAGCGCCUGGAAACCUACCGGGGUGACUAUGAAAACUUCGUAAAGACCAAAGAGGAAAGAUUGAAAAACCAGCAGCGCGAGUAUGAAGCUCAGCAGCAGUACAGAGAGCACAUACAGGUGUUCAUUGACAGAUUCCGAUACAAUGCCAACAGAGCUUCUCAAGUACAGAGCAAGUUGAAACUGCUGGAGAAACUGCCAGAGCUGAAACCUCUUGAAAAGGAACUGGAGGUGACUAUAAGGUUUCCUGACAAUUUUGAGAAGUUGUCACCUCCAAUAUUACAGCUGACUGAAGUCGACUUCAGCUACUCCCCUGAGCAUCGUAUUUUUGUGAAUUUGUCUGUGUCAGCUGACCAGGACUCUCGGAUUUGCAUUGUUGGAGAGAACGGGGCUGGUAAAACAACGCUGUUAAAGAUACUUCUUGGAGACCUGACACCGGUUCAGGGUAUCAGACACGCUCAUAGAAAUUUGAAAAUUGGCUAUUUUAGUCAGCACCAUGUGGACCAGUUGGAAAUGAACGUCAGCUCAGUCGAACUCUUGGCAUCGAAGUUUCCAGGGAGGCCAGAGGAGGAAUACCGGCACCAGCUUGGUGGCUAUGGGAUAUCAGGUGACCUGGCUGUCCGGCCAGUUGCCAGUUUGUCUGGAGGACAGAAGAGUAGAGUGGCGUUUGCACAGAUGACAAUGGCCCAGCCCAACUUUUACAUCCUGGAUGAACCUACAAAUCAUCUUGACAUGGAGACGAUUGAAGCAUUGGGAAAUGCACUACAAAAAUUUAAGGGUGGAGUGAUGCUGGUAUCUCACGAUGAACGGCUGAUCCGUAUGGUAUGCAAGGAGUUGUGGGUGUGCGGCUGUGGUACUGUGAAGCGAGUGGAUGGUGGCUUUGACGAGUAUAAAGACAUUCUGCAGGAACAAUUUCGCAAGGAAGGAUUUCUAUGAGACUGCAAUCAUCAACCAGCUACUUUCCAAACUGGGCUGAGAGGACAGACUGUCACUGACUUGCUGCUUUCAUCAAGCAAGGCUUGAAUAUGGCCCACUUUUGGCAUCUCCCUCCCAUUUCCUCACUUGAAGGAAUUGAUUGCUCUUGGUUCCCCAGAUUAGCAACCAGAGAAUUGUUUACACUAUUCCAGCCUUGGAACUUUUAUUACUAUUUGUUUAUCUAUAAAUUAGUACACUGAUCAAUUAAACACACCCCUCAACUACUUCUACACCCUUCCCUGCUGAAUACAUGUAACUUGUGCUAUCAGUUGGAAACCUGCAAUGAUUGCAGUUCAAUGCAAUAACCUAUUGCUAAUACAAAAAUUAAUAAAUAUUUUUCCCUCCUCUCAUUCAAAAAUUCAGUUCCUAUCAGUGUUUAUGGGCACAAAUAAAUUUGAAAUUCAGUUUUGUUUGGGGAAAUGCUUCUGCUUGCAGAUGGCUUGAACAUCGCAUUCAGUGGUGGCCCCAGCCAAUAUUUGGGUUUUGAGGGAGCCCUGUUAAACCCUUAGAUGACUCUCAUUUGCUCCUGCUUUCCUAUUGUUUGCUGACUGGAUCAGUUCUGGUAACAUCCCCAGAACCUGCAGUCAAGACAACACCAAGCUAGAUUCUAGCCAAUAGGUGAAGUCAUUUUGGGUGCUGAAGGAUGUUCCUUUCUGUGCAGUAACAGUGUCUUUGUGUUCUGCUAUCGGAUGUGUCUAGAAUACUCUACAUCACCGGGCUACAUUAAGUGGACUUUUUCUCAAACUGAGUAAUACUGGCAAAUCAUUUGACUACUAUAAACAUUUUAAAACAUUGAAUUUAAUUGAUGUAUUUUGUUAACAAUGAUGUGGCAGAUUUACCAUGCACUCACCCACUUGCAAAUAAUUUCUUCAUCUGUUUUGGAAGUGCUAGCCUACUUCUCGAUGGAAAAUCAUUCAUGGGCUGAGUCAUUCUGGUCAGUCUAUCAAGCCUACAGCUAACAAUUCAGAUUGUACUUUAAAUGCUGUGUCUAGUUUGGGUCAUGAUUCUUGGAACAAUUAUAGCUAAGAAUUCUAAGGAAUUCUCAACAUCACGAGGACUGAUCCAGAUGCAAAAUACUGUAAAUGAUGGAUAUCCAAAAUAAAAGCAAAUUACUGGAGAAACUCAGUAGGACAGGCAGCAUCUGCGAAUUGUGUAGGUGUUAGCAUUUUUGAUCCGUGACCUUGCAUUUUGUUUUAUCACAGGGAAUGAGCUAGAAGAAAGCUGUUGGAACACUUUUUUAAAAACCCAUAAUCUUUUAAAAGUUACCGAGAACUGACCUGAGUGAGGCCUGCAUCAAAACAUGUUUUCCCUAUCUGUCCAGAUCUCUGGAGAGAGAGAUACAGUAACUCUACAGGUCAUUGACCUUUCAUCCUGAGAAAUUAGAAAUUUGAUAGGUUUUAAACAGGUAAAACGAAGGAUUUUGUAAAGAAAGACUUGUGAUAGGGUAGAAGACAUGCUCAGACAUUGAAGAACUACUUUAAAUCAAUCAAUUUUCUCCGAAUGAAAGAUGCUAAGGGAACCCAUAUAGGUCCUAGCACUGUUCUUUUGUUUUUAGCUCCUUCAUCCCAGGAGUUAGAUUCUUGCUUUCUUCCCAUGGGCUGUGCCUCUUGUUAGGCAUUUCUAGGGUUAUAAACUUGAAGAAUGUUAUUCAAACCUUUGGCUGAGUCUGAGCUGCACUAGUUAGUGGAUAAAUUGAACAUAGAAAUAAAAGCAGGGUCUCAUAAGGAUGUCAAAGAUUGUAGGAACUGCAGAUGUUGGAGUCGGAGAUAAUACAAUGUGGAGGUGGAGGAACACAGCAGGCCAGGCAGCAUCAGAGGAGCAGGAAACUUGAUGUUCCAGGUUCUGACCGGAAAUGCUAACUUUCGUGCAGAUCUGAUGCUGCCUGGCCUGCUAUGUUCCACCAGCUCCUCAUUUAUCUCAUAAGGAUGUGUUGCUGAAAUUAUUAUAUAACAUUUAAUUUGAUUUAUUAUUGUCACAUGUACCUAAGCACAGUGAAAGGUUUUACUUUGUGUACAGCACAGGCAGAUCAUGACUGCCAAAGAUCAUAGUAUGCCUUGCUCUGUUCAGUCAUCCUAAGUUUUGGCUGCAAAGAAGGUCCACAAAAAGCAAGUUCAGUAUUUAGAUUUGAAAUUUGAGGGCUAUUCAGAACCUUAAAGAAAAUGCAAGGAAGAAGCUAUUCUUGAACCUUUGUGUGUUUAACCUGUUGUCUUCUGCCUGAGAGAGGAGAUUGGAAGAGAUGAUAAUUGGGGUGGGAGGGGUCUUUGGAUGCUUUUUUGAGGCAUCGAGAAGUGUAGAUAGUUCAUGGAUGGAAGGUUGGCUUGUGUGGUGGUUUGGGCUGCGUUCAAAACUUUUCCCAUAGUUUCUUACAGUCCUAGGCAGAGUAGAUGCCACACCAAGCCAUGAUGCAUCCACAUACAGAUUCACCAUAAAAAGCAUUCUAAAAGUUGAUGAGAGUGCUUAUGAACAUGCUGAAUCUCCUUGCCUCCUGAGGAACAACAGACAUUGUUGUAAUGUGUAGAAUUAAUGGGAAAUAUCUGGAAAUUGAUGUUUCUAAUAAAGAAAUUAUUUAGAAAGCUUCAACUUCAGAGUGUGAAAUCAUACUACGUGACUUGGCUAGAGAAAAGCUUGAGUCAAAAAAGAGGAUCCUUCUGAUUUCAAUGGGAAUUUGAUUUAACUAGAUAUCUGAAUUUAGUGCCUAAAUUUAGUGUAAUGUUGAAAGAUAUUUCCCAUCGUUUGAAGUAUCCAAGAGAUGCUUGGAUCUUAACUGUAACCUACAUCUACAGUAAAAUUAUGAAUGUGGAUGCCAGUUUGGUAGAACAAUUUACAGAUCAUGAAACUGUUAACAAAGAUUCAAAUAAUGUACUUAACUUUUCUGGAGUUAAAAUGUUUAGCAACAGGUGAAGCCGUUUUUAACAUUCCAGUCG